AUGGAAAAUAACGAGGUCGGUUCGAAGAAUCACAGUGAUUUCAGUAUUGACCACAUAUUGAAUAGGGCGGGCAGUUCCAGCAGAUACACUAACGAUGAAAGUGAAAAUAAAUUUAAAAUUGAAGAAAAUUUUACAUGGUUACAGUGCACUAGGUUUUGUCCACCGAAAAUACCAAGAGUGCCGAAGAGUCGAGAAAUGCCCCAAAAACGGCAACUGGGCAGGUACCCGAGAAUACCGUUCACCAACGAGCAGCUGGCCGUUCUGGAGAGGAAAUUCGAGGAGAGUGCUUAUUUGAGCAGUGAAGAGGCCCUGAGCAUAUCGAGGAGGCUCCAACUAUCGGACGCCAAAGUGAAAAUUUGGUUCCAAAAUCGAAGGGCGCGGAAGCGGCGCGAGGAAACCGGCCAAUCUAACAAAAAGGAAGAGAAAACGCAUCAAUCCGAACGAAUUGAAGGUUCCGGUUCCAGAAACUCGAAUGCUGUGGUGCCUUUUUUGUACGUUAAUCCGCACGGUUUAAUCGAAUUCGGUUCUAGUUGA